UUGGAGAUGCUGCUCGGCACGGAAGAUAACUUGAGCCCCCAAACUGGCCCGCGUCCCACCCAUCCCAACUGGUCCAGCCCUAGCCGCGCAACUCCGCCGCCGACGUCAUCCAGAAUUUCGCGGCUUGCUCCACCGCCGUGGCCAGCCGCUUCGCUUCUUCCUGCCGAGCAUCCCGUGGCCGCGCGGCUUGCUUGCUCCUCCGUUGAUCGCAGGCAGCGUGUUGACUGUUGAAGGUCCCCGAAGGAUGAGGAAGCUCGCGUUCCACGAGCAGAAGCUGCUGAGGAGGACCAACUUCUUGAUCUACCCUGAGGAUAAGGGACACCGCGAGGGCCGCGUCACGCGGCGCUACCACAUCGUCGAGAGGGACGACUACAAGAAGUACAAUGGGAUAUGCCUAAUGGUGCAGAAGCAAGUGAACAUCAUCAGGCAGAUGGACCCGAGGGACCCAUUCAGGAUCGAGAUGACAGACAUGCUGCUCGAUAAGCUGUACAAUAUGGGUGUAAUUUCAACAAAAAAGAGCUUGGUAAGGUGUGAGAAACUUUCAGUGAGCUCCUUCUGCAGACGAAGACUUGCGACGGUUAUGAUGACGAUAAAGAUGGCAGAACACCUCAAAGAGGCCGUGACGUACAUCGAGCAGGGUCAUGUGCGUGUUGGCCCAGAGGUUGUCACCGAUCCAGCCUUUCUUGUAACCAGGAACAUGGAGGACUUCAUCACCUGGGUGGAUUCCUCAAAGAUCAAGAAGAAAGUCAUGGAAUACAAUGAUGCAUUGGAUGACUAUGACGCGAUGGCUUGAGGGCAGGAAUUUCUGUGGCCACAAAUCUAGGUUGAUGUUUGAUAUUUUUUUAGGCCCCGAUCUCAGGCUGUUGUUGCAGAGCUGCUAGCAUGUGCAUGUGAGCAUGUCUGCAUGUGCCUUGGCUGUCUUGGGCUAAUGGGCUGCAGAUGCGGAUACAUUUGUAGUUACUUAUCCUUAUAAUAUUUUGUAGUAGGUUAAUGACAUUGAAGAUGUGAUCUUAAGACCAGGAGUGUCAUGGACAAUAAUUUGCUGACAUGGCAGGUUCAUUAUGAAGAAAGAGGAGGUAGAGUUUUGUGGUU